AUGGCCGGUUACUCAACCAUGGCGGCGGUGGUGAUGAUCAUGGUAGUACUACUGCUACUACCACUUCUCCACACAGCUAUGUUCAACAAUAUGAUCGUCUCCGUCGCCGGUGAUCUCAACCCAAUGUGUGGCUCCGACGAGCUUGUCUACUGUAGUCAGGCGGGCGACUUCGCCGACGGGCUAACCCAGCGUGCUGUGAUGGUUGAGAUCAUCAUGCUACCGUUUUGCUACAAUUACUCUCACGGCGUGGAUGGGUACGUCUACCAGUACUCGGACUGUGUGGUGAAGUAUAAACAUGAUGCCGACAAGAACGACUUGUACUGCUACAACUGUUUGGCCAAACUGGCUCAACAGAUCCAAGACAUUUGCUACAACAAGGUUGGAGCACGAUAUGGAACGGAGGAGUGUUGCAUGAGGUAUGAAACGUACCCCUUUUGUGAAAGUUAA